AUGGCUCAUAAAAAUGCAUUUGAAGCUUUAGAUAGAACAUUGAGAGAUAUCAGAGAAAAGUAUGUGUUAUUUGGUGGUGUCACAUUAUUUACAUCAGGUGAUUUUAGACAGACUCUCCCAGUCAUUGUAAGAGUUACAGAUGAUGCUGUAAAUCACCCUACUGAAUUCCUAAAUUCUCUUGAACCACCAAGGAUGCCAGGACACAUUCUGAAAUUAAAGGUUGGUUCACCAAUAAUGUUAUUGAGAAAUCCAAGAUUAUGUAAUGGCACGGGAUUAGUUGGUAAGGCUUUACUGCCACAUGUUAUUGAAGCAACAAUUACAAUUGGUCAUGCCAAAAGUGAAGAUGUCUUCAUUCUAAGAAUUCUUUUGCUACCAAGUGAUUACCUCGUUGAAUUUAGAAGGCUCCAAUUUCCCGUUACAAUUUGUUUUGCAAUGUCAACUAAUAAGGAACAAGGUCAAAGUUUAAAGGUAGUUGGUUUGUUCCUAAAGCAGCCUUGCUUUUAA